AUGAGAUUUGCGCCUUACUUGGUAGACACUGAAGAACGUAAGGCUAAGAGGUUUGAGAGAGGCUUAAGGGCUGAAAUAAGAAGAGCUAUUGAAAUUCUGGAGCUCCCAACUUAUGGUGCUGUCCUAAGGAAGGCACAAAUUUUGGACAAGACCGAGAAGUCUAUCGUAGUUGCUGAAACGAAGGACAAUGGACAAAACUCUGCACUAAAGAGACCAUGGAACAAGGAUAACAGGAAGGGGUAUGAUAAUGGGAAUGGAGUAGGCAAGAAGCCAAAAGUUUAUGGCAUAGAGAAUAGGGACGUCCUAGUCUGUGACACGUGUGGUAAGAACCAUGAGGGGACUUGCCAUAAGAAGAUUGGGUCAUGCUUCAAUUGUGGAAAGAUUGGACAUUUCAUACAAAACUCCCCAAAUACUAAAGAAGAUCAAGAAAGAACACAGAAGGAUCAAAGGGUACAAGGAAGAGUUUACGACCUAACUAUGAACGAGGCGGAAGAUGCAGCACCUGUGGUGGCAAGUACGAUCCUAGUAUCUAGACAGCUUGCGUUUACUUUAUUUGAUUCUAGAGUAACACAUUCUUCUGUAUCCUCUAGAUUUGCUAGAAAAAUUAGUGGUAAGCCUGUUAAGUUAGAGUCGGAGUUUUAUGUGGCCACCCCUUCCAGGGAGGUGUUGAAUUGCAAAGAGAUGCUAAAAGGUUAUGCGAUAACUAUAACGGGCAGGGAACUUGGAGCGGACUUCAUGGAUAUGUACAAUUUUGAUGUUAUACAAGGAAUGGAUUGGUUGUCCACUCAUUGUGUCUUGGUGAAUUGCUUUGCGAAGGAGGUUGUUUUCCAACCACCCAAAGAUGUUGAGAAAAAAAGGUGUGUGGGCUUCCUAGCCAGUGUGUUCGAGGCCAAGAAAGAAGGGAGUCAGAUGCAGGAUAUUCCAGUUGUUAAGGACUAUGCAGAUGUGCUCCUGGAGGACAUAUAA